CUAUACGCAUACAUACAUAUAUACAUCGUCACAUAGGCGGAUCGUAUUUGAUAUUGACUGUUGAAAUAGCGUUAACAAAAUUAAAAAAACAUAUUGUAUAGUAUGUAUGGUAUAUCGUAAGUAUAUUGAAGAAAGAAAUGUCAUGGUCAAAAUUAUUUACAAGGUAAAUGUUCACGAGCUGUGUUGAAUACUCAUACUACACGGAUUCUAAAGUGAGGAACUUUUUUAUGCGUGCAAAUAACUGGCAUUCGGUCAUCGAAGUUAGGACUUUGAUCGUAACCUAGAAUAUUACAAUUUACGUUAGAUGUUCCGUACUUUAUAUGAAGGGAACCUUCUGAAAAAUGGCUUGUGAAGGGUGUGCUACAAAAUUCAAUUUAUUCAAAAGAAAAAAACAAUGUACUGACUGCUUACGUUACUACUGCACAAAUUGUAUGACAAGAUCCGCGGACAGGAGAUUAAACUGUGAGAAAUGUCGUCUUUUAUCCCAAAGGCCUGUGAUACGAAGUAAUUUACUCGAAAUGCGAUCGAAAGAUUUGCAUCGCUAUUUAAUGGCCAAGAAAAUUUCAACUCGAGGCUGCGUUGAAAAAGAAGAUUUAGUUAAUCUUAUUAUACAGCAUGCAAACGCGACUGACAGCGCCUCAAGCAAUCAGAGAACAGGGUCCAAUCCUGAGGAUAAUCGGUAUAUGCAUAUCUUUCGCGAAUUCGCUUCAACUAUUGGUGCUGCAGACCUACUCAGCAGUACAUCAAGGCCACAAAGCUUUACAAAUAAUGCACCAACUAAUUCUAGGACGAAUAGGCCCCAAGAAUAUCCAAGUCAGACUCAAAGAGACAACGAACCUACUUUAAGCAGUUCCUUCAAUCAUUCCAAUUCUGUACCAAAUCCAAGACCUAGUCCAUCUAAUAGCAAUGAUAGCCAAACUAGACAGAAUGCACAGACAUCAAGUGAGGAGGCAACACCAAUCAUUAGCUGUCCGGAGACAGAAAAUGCAACAUCCGUUGGUGUAUCACCUAGAAACAUUGAAAUCGAAGAGCUCUCUGAUAGUGAAAAUAGUCAAGCUAGUGGGCCAGAACCUCUAAUUACUGAACAUGAUGAAAACGCUGCUGCUGAUCUUGAGAAACGCGCUGAUAUGGUCAAGGAAUUGUACAGCCACACAGGCGCAGUUAAGUUAUCCGAUAUAACUGACAUAGCUGAACUUGAAGCUUUGAAUGUAAAGCAACUGAAAGACUUGCUAAGUACAAACAGAGUUGAUUACAAAGGCUGUAUCGAGCGAGGUGAAUUAUUGGAAAAAGCUUCAGGACUCUGGCAUCACCACGUUAAAUCUAGAGAGGAUCUGGAAAAAUUACCAUUUAAAGACAUAUGUAAAAUAUGCAUGGAUGCUCCCAUCGAAUGUGUAAUGCUUGAAUGUGGUCAUAUGGCAACAUGCCUCAACUGUGGAAAACAGCUGUCAGAAUGUCCAAUUUGCAGACAGUACGUGAUUCGUGUUGUACGAACUUUCAUGCCCUGAAAAUUACGUGAUGGUAAUUUAUUAUUAAACGUUUUAUAGUACUACAUAUACUAGAGAUUCGGUAGCAAUUUUUUAUUGAGUAUCACUAUGUCUCCAAUCAACUUACAACGCCACUUGUUGUUAAUUCAUUAGAAGAAAUGUUUGUACAGAAAAUAAGAAUCUAUCCGUGUUUAGUCAAGCUAUAAUGAUAAAGUCGUAAAUAUUGAUCAACAUUCAGAUCAGCAGUGCUUGAUAUCUUACUUUAUACUGUUUAUACGUGUAUAGGAAACAAAAAAUCAUCAUUCCUAUGUCUAAACUAGCAUUUAUUUUAUUCGUUUCAAUACAAUGAUUUAUUGUUUGUCCCCUUCAUAUUUGUAACUCAAAAAUUACCUUAUGGAGCCAUUCAAUUUAAAGAGAAAUCGUACUCAAAAUUAACGGAUAAUCUUUUAUUAUUCCAUCAGAAAAAUUAAAAUACAAUGGUAAAGGUAUGGGAAUAUUCAGCACAGCUGAUUCAUAUACCUCGCUAUGUUAUAUAUUUUAAAUAAUUAUUUACACUAAAAUUUCCUUGCCUUAUUGAGACCUUAUUGGUAUAGGAGUUAAUAAAUUUACAACGAUUUUAUCUUAACAAAUUCAGUCUACAUAUUUGUACAGAAGUAGGUAGUGUAAAAUAAAUCACAAUGUGCCCAAGAUAAUCAAUAUCGAUGGGUAGUGACCGUAUCCCGAAUAUUACUGUCAGCUUGAAGUGUAAGAUAUUAUCCGCUGUGGAGAAAGGUUUUACGUAAAAUAUGAAUUUAAUGUAUCUUAUGAAUCGUCGUGUUGAAAAUUUUCUUAUGAGAAACACACGAGGGACUGCAAAUAUAAUUUUCUAGCCCACAUUACAAUUGUCUUAGAAUAAGUUUUAACGUUCUUCAUAAUUGAACAGAACCUCUAUGCUAUCAUCUAAUUAUUAUUAUUCACUUGGAUUUAGAAUGUUUUUAUGAUUUUUUGAAUAAAAAAGCUGUGCACUAGAGAUUCACUUACGACCAAAGGGAACGGCGUUAGUUAAAUGAAAAAAUAUAUAUCUUAAAAUCUGUAUCACAGAUUGUGUCAUGCUUAUUCGAUAUAUUCCAGAAAAGUACUUGCAGUUGACCGUAUCUGGAAUAUUUCUGGAUCAAAUGGAAUUCUAAAUUCGAAGAAUUAUUAAGUAUUUUGCUCAUGGUAAUUAGGAAUAGCAUUUUUGCGAUAAUGUGAGUAUGGUUAUGCUGAAUAUAUGAAAUACGUAUAAUCCUGCCGAUUCAUUGCCAACAAAACGGUGGCUACUUUUUAGAACAAGUACAAGCACUUUACCAAAUGUAUUGAUUUCAAUUAUCUUAUGCAAAUAUAUUCUUAUAAGCAUA